UGUACUUAGCUGUGUCAUAUUACUCCUUCCCUGCAGUGGGGAAUCAUUCUCCAGGCUGAGCCCAGAGCCUCAGAACCUGGGAGUAUAGGAUGCAAACACUGACUUAUUUUGUGCUUUUCAAUACCACGGAAGUUUGUCUGGGCUGUACACCAAAGGACGGCGCCUUCUGGGAUAACGUUGUUUUAUUUUCAGCUGCUGGAGGGAGAGACAAUACACAUGAUGCUACGGUGCAGAUAGAGAGGACGGUGUCUUGUGUUAUGUUGUGUUAUUGGAAACAGACCACUUAAUUGCAGCCAGACAUCUCUGGAACUGCAGCCGGGAAUCUUAUCGUCUCUUCACUUUUACAGAGAACAUGAAGAACACAAAAUAGUUAACGACAUUUUCCUCCUAACGGGGACAAUAGAUUUGUGCCGGAACCGUGUCGGGGAGAAGGGAACGGCUAGAUCACUGGUUUACGGACUGUGCCGACUAGAGAGCCAUGAAAGAUUUAUUUUGUCUUUCAGACGAGGAACUUAUACAAGAAGAGGAUGACAUGCCUUCCUCUAGAUACAGGCAAAAUGGUCGGGCCAGGACUAACUGCAGCAGGUGCCAGAAGAACCUGUCCCUCCAGAACUCGGUGAAAGUUCUCUACGUUUUCGUUGUCAUUCUCAUCAUCGUUGUUAUUGUGCUGGCUUCACUGGUUUUCAGGAGAGUGGAUUCCCUGCACGAAGACUUCAGCUCGGCUAAGUCCAGUUACGAGAAGAAGAUUGUUUCGGUGCAAGUAAACCUCCAAGAGCUCGACAUGAAGUCCGUGGGCAACUGCUCUUACUGCCAUGACGCCAACUUCUUGGGCCAGGAGAUCAGCAAGCUUCACGGGGAGCUGGAGGAGAUGCAGAAGAUGCUCUCGGCACAGGAUGUGCGAAUGGACCAAACCUCUGAGAGUCACCAGUUAAUGACGAUUGCCAACAGCAAAAUGGACAACCAGAUUGUGAAGAGCAACAUCUCCCUUCGUCAGAUAAACCAAACCCUGGGCCUUUUCUUGUCUCAGGUCAAAGGAUGGCAGACGGCAGCGUCUGAGCUGGAGGCUUCGGUAAAGAACUUGGUCCAGGAGCGGUACGACAUUACAGCGGCCGUCCAGCAGAUCAACUUUACCCUAGGUCAAACAUCAGACUGGAUCCACGUUAUACACAGGAAGACUGACGAGGAAACGCUGACACUGCAAAAGAUCGUAAAUGACUGGCAAAAUUACAGCAAGGUCUUCACUGCGUUCAAGGCCACGUUGGGCAAAACAAUCGACAUGGUGAGGAACAUCCAGAGCAGUAUGGGUGGCACCGCCCAACAAAUCACCCUUAACACGGAGGUCAUACAUGACCUAGUUCUACAAGUGAUGAGCCUCCAGCUACAGUUGGACAACCUAACUUCCUUCCUGGACGACCACGAGGAGAACAUGCAAGAUCUCCAAUAUCAUUCAAAGUACACACAGAACCGGACGGUUGAGCGUUUCGAGAGCCUGGAGGGCAGGAUGUUUUCCCAUGAGACAGAAAUUGGCACGAUCUUCACCAACAUCAAUGCCACCGACAACCACGUGCACAGCAUGCUGAAGUACCUUGACGACGUGCGACUGUCUUGCACCCACGGGUUCAACUCUCACGCUGAGGAGUUAUAUUACCUUAAUAAAACGGUCGGGCUCAUGCAGGGCACUACUGAUUGGCUGAGAGAGAGAUUCAGUUUAAUGAACGCAAGGCUUGACUUUGACGUACGGAACCUUUCAAUGAUCAUGGAGGAGAUGAAACUAGUGGACACCAGACACGGGGAAAUUCUCCAGAAGGUCACCAUUGUGCAAGGUUCACCAGGUCUUCCAGGCCCGAGAGGAUUUAAAGGUGAUGUGGGCGUCAAGGGACCUAUAGGCAUAAAAGGAGAGAAAGGUGACACGGGUGACCUAGGUGAUCCUGGCCAUGAAGGAUCGAGAGGAGUUAUUGGUGACUUUGGGCCUAUGGGAGUAAAAGGUUCCCUUGGAACAAAAGGGGCUUCAGGUAUCAAAGGAGAGAAGGGCAGCAUGGGGCCACCAGGUCCCAAAGGUCAAAAAGGAGCAAAAGGAGACAUAGGUCUUCUAGGACCUGGUGGGCCUCCAGGAUACAUAGGACCUUCAGGCUUCUUUGGAGAGCCAGGAAUUCAGGGACAACCAGGCUUACCAUGAAUAGAUGAACCAAUGGGUCCGCAAGCGGAAGCUGGCGUUCCUGGACCUUGCGGUUUGCCUGGGCCUGUGGGACCAAAAGGACCAUCUACUUUCUCUAAAUGAAUGUAACCACAUUUAAUGGAACUUAAGUUACAUGACUGCAGCACUGAGGAAUGAAACAAAACUGUUAUGACUGUAGAAUAUUUUUCCAGUGAAUUCAAAAUUACCAAAAUUCAUGAACAAAAAUGUUGACCUGAAGUGCAGGUCAUUCAUCGUCAGACACAGACCCUAAGCAGACCCUAUGCUCCCCAACAAUUUCUGACACUUCUCAGUAAUGACUGAGUAUAGAUCGCUGGGUGGAAAUCGGAUUCUGUCUCUAAAUGAUGCACCUGAUAAGUUUAUAUAUGAUGACUAUAUAUAAUGCUGCGUAAACUCCAUUCUUCCCUUCUGAUUAUAGCCUACAAAUGGGCCCGAUUUAGAGCCUUACGCAAUCGGCAUGCAAUGGGAAUGUUCAAGUAGUUGAGGUCAAGAAACACAAAUCUACGUUAUACAGUGGAAGUGUGAGAGGAGCAUCCGUCCAGGCUGAAAAUCUGAUGCAGGGUGCAAGCGAUUAAUAUGUUAGGUUCAUUUGGUUACAAUUGGGACUUGGGCAGGCAUUACAUUUUCUUUGUUCCCCGGGCAAUACAAUUAGUUAUGGCUCUGAUAAACGUUAUGGAACAAGUAUAUGAAAUGGUUGUUUCCACUUUACAGGGUUAUUUAAACCGCUUUCGAUUUCCAACAAAAAAUUCCCAGGAACCUUCCUCUUUACUCAAUGCUUAGUGUAAGUAUCGACCUCUGCUGCAAAGACAUUAACAUAAUGUGUAUAGAGAAAGCACAUAGAAUUACACUAAAUACUCAACUUACAUGUAUAUAGAAUACAAUUACAGUAUUUGUACAUUGGGAAAAUGAAGAGGAACCACAAGUUACGUCCGCUUUAAUUACGGUCAUAUUUCAGCAGAAGACUCUGGCACUUUGUCAAUUUCAAUAGCAACAGUUUCUGAAAGGAAAUUAUAUUUAAUUAAUCAGCGCAACGUGUUUCUCUUUCUAUAACUAUGGGGUGUUCCUUGUAUUACUGAGUUCUGCAAACAUGCACACACCACGCGUUUCACACUUGUUGCAGAGUUGGUGGGCACUAUGCUCAGCACAAUCCGGUGUUAUAAGCAAUCAUUUAGGCAAUGCUUUUUUUCUAUGAAAAAAGGUACCGCUACCCAAACUAAAGUUCUAAGAUAAUACCAGAUUUAUCAUAGCUUCCACACUCUGGAUAAGUGUGCAGAACCUUACUUUAGUCAAUUUCUUCCUUUUUCCCGGAACUAGUUAUACACAUUAUAUUGAUGAAUUAUAUGAGACAUGCACCUUUGUCUUUACUGUUUUUUGCUACUUUAUGUUUAGGUUUAGUGCUGUGAUAUGUUGAUAAUCUUUGAGGUCCUUGAAGGGUCUACCGAUGAUCAUUAAACUUCAGGUGAUGCAAUGUGCCUAUUUUCGCACAAAUGCACCUGUUAUUACCUAUGCGUGUUCAUCACGAUGGCGACAUACGCGGGGUGUCACCCUAUUUGGAGGGCAGGAGAUUUUAAGAUUGGUAUACCACAUGCAAAAGCAACAUUUUAGUUUUCAGGUCAAGUUGUCGAAAUUUAGUUGGUGGAGAGGAGGUGAAGGAUCUAUGGUUGGCAGGUGGUUGAAGACCCUUUGUACCCCAGGAAAAGGACAGUUGUUCUGUUUUUUUUACCUUUGCUGUUGCUCAGUGGGGCAGAUGUACUAAGCGGUGGAGAGUGAUACAGUGCAAUUAGUACCGUAAAGGACAGCUCUUCCUAUAAGAGCCGUCCUCUGCGAUGAGCGUCGGUCACUGAGUGUCCAUCUGUGUAUGUGUAGAGUGAAGGGAUAGCUGUGGGGGAUGCUGGAAAAUUCCGACUGGAUCCCUGUCACAGCACAGUGCAGAAAGACGCCCAUAGGCUUCUAUAGGGUAACUUUUGCUGACGUUACCCUCUGCACUGAAGCCCGGGGAUACAGGGCUUAAUGCAUAUGGAAAUGCGGCAAAAACCUUGAAAACUGGGUUUUUACAGCAUUUUUCUUUUAGUGCACUCUGCCCAAAAUGAGCAAAACCUUGUGCAAAACGCGUUUCGCAGUGAAAUAGGCUCUUCCAGUCUUCCAGUUCUGAUUUCGCUUUGCUGCCCUGCAGUUAUGCUCAUUCUAUGCAAUUUAUCAUUUAUACAAAGAGCAGGGAUAACACCAGUGCCAGAACUGUGGUUUGGUUGGUAUACAGUAUAAUAAGGAGAUGUCUGGGUGGGAGAAAACGCGUUGAGAGAUACAACCCCCAACAACACCCAAAACUUACACAGCAAUUUUUUAUUUUUUUUUAAAAACAGUUUUGAAAAUUUUUGACUGGGAUUGCUGCGUCAGUUUCCUGUACAGUGUUUAUCAUGUCUUCCAUAAAAGUUAAUUAGUUUACAAAUAAAAUAAGCAUUAUUACUAUGCACAAUAGACUUUAUGAGAGCCUAAACUGGUUGAUGAUAGCUUGCAUGGGUAAUCUAGUUUACUGUACGUACAUAUGACAGAUAUUGGUUUAUGGCUACUUUUACAUAUAAGGCUUAAAAUCCAAUUGAAGCUUCUCACACUCACUUUAAAGCCCCCACCCAUUCCUCUCCCAUUUAUAUAUCGGGUUCACUACGAUAUGCCGGCGG